AUGGCUCUGGUGCUGAUCCUCCAGCUCCUGACCCUCCGGCCUCUGUGUCAUGGAGACGUCACUCCAGCUGUCCCCCCAGCCUUAUCCCUCAAGCCAUCGCUGGGGGCUCAGCCUGCCGCAAUUGUAACCCCUGGGGUCAAUGUGACCUUGAGGUGCCGGGCACCUCAACCUGCCUGGAGGUUUGCACUCUUCAAGUCUGGGAAGAUCACCCCUGUGCUGUACCGGGAUGUGUCCAUGGAGCUGGCAGAGUUCUUCCUGGAGGAGGUGACCCCAGCCCAGGGGGGCAGUUACCACUGCUGCUACAGAAAUCCAGGCUGGAAUCUGGGUGUCUGGUCUCACCCCAGCGAUACGCUGGAACUGCUGGUCACAGACCAGCUCCCGCCCCCGUCGCUGGUGGCGCUGCCCGGGCCGGUGGUGGCGCCCGGAGCCAACGUGAGCCUGCGCUGCGCGGGCCGCCUGCGGGGCAUGAGCUUCGCGCUGUACCGCGCGGGCGAGGCGGCGCCGCUGCAGUACCGCGACUCGGCCGAGCCCUGGGCCGACUUCCCGCUGCCCGGCGCCCGCGCGCCCGGCACCUACAGCUGCUACUACCACACGCCGUCCUCCCCGUACGUGCUGUCGCUGCGCAGCGAGCCGCUGGUCAUCCGCGCCGACCACGGAUCCUGGGACUACACGCAGGGCAACGUCCUCCGUCUGGGGCUGGCCGGCCUGGUGCUCAUCUCUCUGGGCACACUGAUCAUUCUUGACUGGCGCAGCCAGAACCAUGCCCCAGGUGUCAGGCCCUGA